AUGCCGGCCAAGACAUUGUCAAAAAUCGCACCCAUUCAACCGAGGACAUCUUCAAAGGAAAGCAGCAAACCUAUCAAAACGCGAUCGCGCGAAUCAGUCGUAAAACAGAUCUCGAUCCCGGAGACUAUUACUGCCUUGGACAACUACCCGCCACUUCUUCGCAUCCCAUCCGAAAUCCGGCGUGAAAUCUUUCGCUAUCUAAUCCCCUCAUCCACCAAAAAGUUUCGUCUCUACACCGACUGCGACUCGACCGUAAUCAGCAAAAAAUGGAAUCGCCAGACCCGCCCCCACCCCGACAAACUCUCCCUCAACAUUCUCCGAACGAACCGUCUCAUCUACCAUGAAUGUCUCUCUAUCCUCUAUUCGGAAAAUCUUUUCCACUUCUAUGGAUUCAACUAUCUGCCUGUUCUGGAUUUCAUACGGCGCUUGAGUCCCGAAGCCAAGACCCUAGUGCGGAAGGUCCGGCUUACGCUACUCACGGAUCAGCAGGAUGAACAGCCGGCCAAUCACGACGUCUUUUGCACCGUCGUCCACGACUUUUUGCCGGGUUUGACAACCCUGCAGGCUGAUCCGUGGGUAUUUUUCUAG